GGGCGGCCGCUCCGCCCAAGGGGGCCGUCCCCCUGCCAUGGCCGCCGCGGGGCACGCGGUCGAGAUCACCUCGAAGGCGAUGUCGGCGGUGCUGCAUACCGCGGCCGCGGCCAGGCUGGACAUGGAGGGUCUCCUGUUCGGCCACGUGGGCGAGGGGUGCGUCGUGGUGCAGAGCUUCCAGCUGACGGGCCCCAGGUGGAGCGCGUGCGACGCCGCGGGAAAGGUCACCGCGGCCGCGCGCGAGCUUGUCUCCAAGCAGCAGGAGCACCAGGCCGACCUGGCCGUCCUGGGGUGGUGCUCCAUCCGGCGCUGUGGGCAAGCGUCUUCGAGCCCAGAGGACCGAAGUUUAAGGCCGACGCUGCGGGAGAGGUGCUCCCAGCGCGGCCUGCAGCGGCACUUCCGCAGCGGACCCCCAGGGAGCUCCGCGGCCGUGGGCGGCCCGCCGCCCUGGAUCGCCCUGGUGCUGCUGCAGGGCCCGCAGGCCCCGCACGCCUCUGAGUGCGCCCCCGCGCUGCGCCUGGACACCUUCUGCGCCCGGGGGCCCGCGCUGGAGCCGGUGGACCUGCGGAUCCGCAGCGUCGGCUCCACGGGCGGCCUGGGCGGCGGAGACAGGCAAACGCAGCCGCCUCCGCUGCUAGGGCCCAUGCGGCAGGCGGCGGAGGCCCAGCUGCUGACGCCGAUGAACGGGGUGGCAGCCCUGGUCGAGCAUUUCGCCAAGCAGGCCCCGGGGGCGCUCAGGCGCCGACUCUCCGCCGCUGGGCGCCGCGGGCGCCGAACUGCGCGCGGCGCAGCGCGAGGCCUUUCGUGUGGAACAAGAACUCGCCGUGCACCGCGCCGCGGCGCUCCAGCAGCCAGGCGGACAUCGAGGCG